AUGUCAGAAAUCACUCAAAGACGCACAGGGGCGGCAGGCGGUUCAACCGCUCCUGGCCACAAGACAAGUGCAGCCCAAGGACAGCCACAGCCGAAGAACGGUAGCGGUCAUGCGUUCAAGGAGCUCGUCGCCCUGCUGACUUUGACAAAGAUUGUUUUGGCUCGCCCUUUCGAGACAGCUCGAUUGGUUUUCUUGCUCAUCCAUCAGUUUGCAAAACAGAUCUCUGGAUCGGCAUUUCGGCCAAAUCGCGAUAUAACAGACCAGUCUGGUAGAGUCAUUUUGAUUACAGGAGGUGAGCGAAAGUUACCACCGCUCUUCAGUUACACGGCCACUUAUGCUUUAUCUGCUGUAGGAAACACAGGCCUUGGAAAAGAAACGGUCCUGGAGCUAGCGAAACACCAACCUGCAAGGAUAUAUAUAGGUGCUCGAAAUGAGCAAAAGGCCCGUAAAGCAAUGGAGGAUAUCCAGUCACGGCUAGAACAGACAGUGGACAUUCGAUACCUACCCCUUGAUCUGUCAUCGUUUGAAUCUAUCCGGGAAGCAGCCAAAUUAUUUACCGGAGAUUGUGAGCGUCUUGAUACUCUCAUCCUUAAUGCCGGAGUGAUGGGCUUGGACCCUUACCGGACCAAGGACGGAUAUGAGGUGCAGUUCGGUACAAACUACUUGGGCCAUUUCCUCCUGACGUCACUAUUGCUACCUACGCUCCGGAAGACAGCAUCCCAGCCUGGUUCUGAUGUUCGAGUUCUGUCCAUCUCAUCUGCAGCUUGGCAGAUGGCACCAUCCUCUCCAUCGAGGCUGCUUUCACUCAUGACUUCUACCGAUGACCUGCUGGCAAGUAAUAGAUGGACUAGAUACGGGAUUUCAAAGGCUGGGAAUAUCCUGCUCGCAUCGGAACUAGCAAGACGCUACCCGGAAAUCACCAGUGUCUCGAUUCAUCCCGGUGUUAUUUUGACAGCCUUGUACGAACAGGGGAGGGCAUCCAGUAUUGUACUUAAAUAUGGCCUCGCUUUACUUGUUCCAUUCGCUUCUAGUGAGAAGGAUGGGGCGAAGAACCAUCUAUGGGCCGCCGGGUGUGCUAGGAGCAAACUGCGCAAUGGCGAGUACUACUCCCCCGUGGGGAUCCCCGACUGGAAGAACGAGCUUGUACACGACAAGGACACCGCACGGCGUCUAUGGGAGUGGUCGGAACAGCAUAUCACAGACAACUAG